AUGAACGCCGGUAAACCCACAAUUUCCAUAGUUGCCACCGGAGGAAGCAUAGCCGGCGUCGGUCCUGACCGUCUUGACUAUAUUCUUUAUCCUGAAUUGGGAGAGCACAUAACCAUAGAACAGUCGCUUGAGCGGAUUCCGGAAUCUGAAUUCCUUGCCCAAGUUGAGCCUGAGGACUUGAUAAGUGUGGGCAGCACCGCCAUCGGACCAGAAGAAUGGCUGAAGUUAACCAAACGUAUAAAUUCUCUUCUGGCUAACGACCAAAUUGACGGAGUCGUGGUUACUCACGGUACAGCAACUCUGGAAGAGACAGCCUAUUUUCUUCACCUAACUGUCAAGUCUGAGAAGCCGGUGGUGCUGACGGGAGCAAUGCGCCCCCCAACCGCCAUUGGCACCGAUGCCGACCUGAACCUGCUGGACGCCAUCAGGGUGGCAGCCAGCCCGAUUUCCUUCGGCAAGGGAGUGCUGACGAUUCUGAAUAACGAGAUUCAGUGCGCCCGCGACGUGGUAAAGACCAACACCUUCCGUGUUGAAACCUUCAAGCCCAAUGAACUGGGAUUCCUGGGCUACGCAGAUUCCGACGGCGAGGUUGUGUUCUACCGGGCGCCGCUACGAAGGCACACAACUACCACCGAGUUCCAGGUAGACGAAAUGAAUACCCUACCCCGGGUGGAUAUCGUUUACUGUUAUGCCGGUUCAGAUGAGUUGCUUAUCAACGCAGUACGGUCCAAUCACUCAGACGGCCUGGUGCUGGCCGGGUUUGGUGGGGGAAGCUUUCCGCCCAAAGCGAUAGAAGCAGCGGCGCAGGCAGUGGCAGAGGGAAUUCCGGUGGUACUGGCCUCCCGUUCCAUCGCCGGAAGGGUUGUAAUGACACCGCGAAAAGAAGAGCAGCAAUUUAUCGCCUCCGAUAACCUGCAACCGCAGAAGGCACGAAUAUUGUUGAUGCUGGCCUUGACUGCUACCAGGGACAGAAAAGCCAUACAAAGAAUGUUUGGAGAAUACUGA